CACACACACACUCAUACUUUAACAUCACAUUUGAAGUUUGCAUCAUUUUUAUGCGAUGAUUGUUGGAGCAGAUGAUUCGUAUUAAUAUAAAAUAUAAGAGCACCUGUCUGUACACUAUCAGACUCGCCGGAUUCACGGAUCCUUCGUUCACGCGCCUCGGAUUUUAAUGGAAUACAGGAGCGUUUAGAUCGUGCUGUGACUGAAGCAGUCUUCAGAACAUCAUUAACACAAGGAAGCUUCUGUCUGUUGUUUGAGCUCAUUGGAUCUUCAUGUUGGUGUUCAAGCGUCCAUUUGUGGGGGGCGUGGCUUCAAGAAACUCUCCGAUGAUGUCAUGCAGUCAGCCAAUGCUGCUGUCAAUCAUCUUCUGACCCCGCCCACAGCCCCUUCUACUAUGAGCAGCAGUUUUGAGAAAGAGGGCGGGGCUGUUACAUCUCCUCCCUCAUUACAUGACCACACCCCCCAAAUCAGCCCACCUCUGCCUCCUCCCCUUCCUCCGCCCCUUCCUGUGAGAAACCAUGCGGAGAGGAAGAGGAGGGUGAGGAGCUUCAACUGGAAACCGAUUCCUGAAGACCGUGUCAAGCAGCAGAACGGACCGAACCUGUGGAGCAUCAGGGAUCCGUUCCACAUCGACAUCAGAGCCAUCGAGGAGCUGUUUGGACACGAGGACACACCCUCAUUCACCUCAACCAGCGGCGCGAUUGGACGAAGACACGCUUCUGUAAGACAUCUCAGACCGCAGAUCACCAUCCUGGACUCCAAGAGAAGCCUGAAUAUCUCCAUUUUUCUGAAACACUUAAAAAAGUCCAGUGAGAGUCUUCUGGAUGAUAUUCUUCAUGGAAACACGGGCAUCUUCAGCGUGGAGUCUCUCAGAGAGCUGCUGAAGCUCCUGCCAGAGGAGGACGAGGUGAAGAAUCUUCAGAUGUUCAAUGGGAAUCCUAAAGACCUGGCGCCGCCUGAUGCCUUCAUACACAAACUCAUCCAUUUACCCAGGUAUGAGGUCCGUCUCGAGGCUCUGUUGUUAAAGGAAGAGUUUUUCCCUUCAUACACUGCCAUGAAACACGACAUGACCGUCAUCCUGAGAGCCAUUAAAGAGCUGUUGAGCUGUGAGGAGCUUCACAAUGUCCUUCAUUUAGUGCUGCAGGCUGGAAACAUCAUGAAUGCUGGUGGAUCUGCUGGUAACGCCGUGGGCUUCAAACUCUCGUCUCUGCUGUCAUUAGCUGAUACUAAAGCCAACAAACCUGGAAUCAACCUGCUACACUUUGUCGCUCUGGAAGCUCAGAAGAAAGAUCUUCCCAUGUUUCUAGAGAAACUUCAGCAUGUUCAGCAAGCAGCGCGAGUGUAUGUUAACAGCAUCCAUGAUGAGUUUCAUACUCUGGCCAGAAGAGUUAAUCAGUUACAGCAGAACAUCCACACAGAUGAUGAGCUCCUGACGCAGCUGCAGUCCUUCCUACAGAGCGCUGCUGAAGCUCUGGAGGAUUUGAGGAUCAGUAUUGAUGAGGUUCAGAGGGAAGGAGAUGCUCUGAUCGAUUUCUUCUGUGAGGACAGAGACGUCUUCAAACUGGACGAGUGCUUCCAAAUUUUCCAGAAUUUCUGCUCCAAAUUCAAAAAAGCAGUUCAGGAGAACGUGGAGCGAGAAAUGUGGGAGGAGUCUCGGCGCAAGCGUCUGAAGGAGUCAGAGGACAAGCGGCACUCGUGGGCGGGGCAUGAGGAUAUGGGCGGAGUCUCUGGCUUGCGGUCCAAUAGUGAAGCAGAUGUGGCGGCGGCGUUUAAGAGGGAGGGGCUUCUGGAGCUGCUCAAGACGAGCCGUUACAGUCCACGGCGCUCACCACAACACAAGAGCGUGACCUUUGACCCCUGUGGAUCAGAUACACUCGUACUUCCUCCAAUACACUCGCUUUCCAUCACAAACACGACAGAGGAGCCGGAGAUCCAAAAUAAUAAUAAGACUCUUUCCAUACAGGAAUCAAAGAACAACGACCUGCAAACACAAAGCCAGGAAACAUCCGGAAAUACAGAAGUGACUCCAAGCGUGACCUCUGACCCUUCACAAAUCAGUUUAGUGGUAGAAUCAGAGGUUAUUAAUGACGAAUCAGAGAGAAAAACUAAAGAUAUAGUCCAGCCUACAAAAGAGUCGCUCGAAAUCAGUGCUGGACAGAAACAAACAAUCAGCAAACGAACCUUCAGCUCUAAAAACAGAGCAUCUCUUUCUGCGAAAUCGCCUUCAUCUUCCAUUAAACCAUCAUCAUCAUCUCCCAAAUGUGUGUCCGCCUCUGAAACCACGAGUUUGAGGAAGCUCGUUCCUCUCCGGCAGCCCCAUAGUUCUUCUGCGCAAAUUCAGGAGCGACCCGGUGGAAGCGUCCUCAGCAGCGCAAAGAAGAUGCAAGCGUUUCGUCCAGAGGAGAAGAUGUGUCGCAUUACACUCCGCAUUCUCGACCGUCCCAGUCCUCAAACCUCAGCACGCAAUUCCAUGGUCAAACCGCCCAGCUUCGCUCGCAACACCGUGGCGUCAACGACACGCCGCGCCACUGCUUCUGGAAACCAGGCUAAAGUGCCUGCGCUAACCCGCACAGCUUCACUAAGGCUCUCUCAGGUCCUCAAACCGACGCAGACGCCUGCAGAAACUGUUCGCCCGUCGCCCCCUGCUGGACGCCUGAGGAAGAGCAGCAGUGGUGCCUCUGAAAGCUCAGCGUUUACUCGUGGGUCACGUGAUAAAAAUGUCAAACCCACGUGGCGGUAGAGAGAAAGUUAUGCUAGAACUCUUCAAAAGUUUGAGAUUUUGAAAUGUUUUUGAAAGAGUCUCUUCUGCUCAUCAAGGCUGCAUUUAUUAGAUCAAAAAUACAGUAAAACUGUGAAAUAUGAUUAGAACUUAAAACAGCUGUUUUCUAUGUGAAUAUCUGUUCAAAUGUAAUUUUCAGCAUCAUUUCUCCAGUCUUCAGUGUCACAUGAUCUUCAGAAAUCAUUCUAAUAUGCUGAUUUGCAGCUCAACAAACAUUUCUGAUUAUUAUCAAUGUUGAAAACAAUUGUGCUGCACAAUUUUUUUGUGGAAGCUGUGAUACAUUUUAUUUUUCAGGAUUCACAGAUGAAUAGAAAGCUCAAAAGAACAACAUUGGUUUGAAACAGGAAUCUUUUGUAACAUUAUAAAUGUCUUUACUGACAGUUUGUAGAUCAAUUUAAUGCAUCCUUGAUGAAUAAAAAUAUUAAUAAAAUCUUACUGAUGCCAAACUUCUGAACAGUAGAGUAAUUAGGAAUCAUAUUUUGUUUAAAAAAAAGAAAGCUUAUAUAUUUAUAUCCUAAAUAUUAAUUGUAUAAUUCAUGUAAUUUAUUAUUUAUAAUUAAUUGUAUAAUAUAUGCUCUUAAUUACUGACUGAGAUAUUGCACUGAAAAAUUGUACAUUGGAUUUUUUUAAAACUUGAACAAACUUAUUAACAAAAAGGGACACAAUAUAGAUGACUUUUAUUUGAAGCAAUUAAAUGUUUAUUAAUAAACUUUCCAACAAUUA